GUGCACAUGUGAAUGAAGAGGACUUCUUGUUGUUGGAGCUCUUGGACUGGUUUAAGAAUGACUUUUUUCAUUGGGUAAAUAAUCUUCCUUGCAGCAAGUGUGGUGGGCAGACAGAGCCUAAAAGUGACUACCUGUUGCCUACUGAUGAUGAUCUAAGGUGGAACGUCAGUCGAGUGGAAAAUCAUUACUGCAACCAGUGUCAGUUCUGUAAUAGAUUCCCAAGGUAUAAUAAUCCUGAAAAACUUCUGGAAACCAGAUGUGGACGCUGUGGCGAGUGGGCUAACUGUUUCACACUGUGUUGCAGAGCUGUAGGGUUUGAAGCUAGAUAUGUCUGGGACUGUACAGAUCAUGUGUGGACUGAAGUAUAUUCUUCAUCUCAGAAAAGAUGGCUUCACUGUGAUCCGUGUGAAAAUGUCUGUGAUAAACCUCUCCUCUAUGAAACUGGGUGGGGCAAGAAGCUCUCCUACAUAAUUGCAUUCUCCAAAGAUGAGGUUGUUGAUGUCACCUGGAGAUACAGCUGUAAGCAUGAAGAAGUACUCUCUAGAAGGACAGCACUCAGUGAAGCUACACUACGUGAAACAAUUAAUGCGCUAAAUAGAACGAGACAACGAUAUUUGUCAGAAAAUAGAAAAAGAGAGCUCUUGGAAAGAACAAUUGUGGAGCUUGUUGAAUUUAUUUCUCCUAAAACGCCUAAACCUGGAGAAUAUGGUGGAAGGACAUCAGGUUCAAUGGCUUGGCGAGUAGCCAGAGGUGAAGUUGGUCGAGAGAAAAGAGAAGAAGUAAUUUUUAUUCCCUCUGAAAAAGAGAAGACAUCGAAACUCUUCCACCUCAUCUACAAUAUAGUAGAAGAUAGUUAUACACGGAUUUCCAAUAAUAAUGAAAAAAUAACUGGCUGGGAAACAGGUGUUUGGAAGGCAGAGUCUAUUUGGAGAAAGGUUGAAACAGACUGGAAAAUGGUUUAUUUAGCUCGAAAAGAGGGGUCAUCCUCUGCUUACAUCAGCUGGAAGUUUGAGUGCAAGUCAGUCAGUCUAAAAAUAGAUAACAUUUCAGUUAGGACAAGCAGUCAGACAUUUCAGAGUGGAAGAAUAAAGUGGAGACUUUGCUCUCCAACAGCAGAAAUUGCUCUGAUAGGAGAUAAAAAUCUUUGCUCCUAUUCAGAUUUUUCUGGUGCAACAGAAGUUAUGUUGGAAGCAACUCUAAGUGGAGGGGAUGGUGAAGCUGCAUGGCAACACACACAGCUGUUUAGAGAGAGCUUAACAGGAUGUGGAGAAAAUUGCUUGGAGAUAAUUAUAAAACUCAGCGACCUCUGA